CAAGUAGCUGGGGAGCGACUUGGAGGGUCCCGAGCAUCGAAGUGGGCCACUUGCGAGCCCCCCCCCCGCCGGGGUGGUCUUCGGCUGUCUCCGUAGCUGCACUUCACUUUUGCUUCCCACCAGCCCGUGACAGGAAUCAAGGUCAAGAGAAGAAGGGGAUAAAAGAGUGCUGGAAUCCCCCCUCCCGUCUCCCCGCCGGGCAGAAGAAUUCGAGGCCAAGCCAGGAGGAGAAGGGCGAGGCGGCCGGGGAAACGCAGGCUCCCGCAGCGAGCCCCGUCCCAGCCCGAGCUGCACGCCCUCUCCGACCGGCGCCCUGCCUUCCUGCCUCCCGAUCUUCCUUCCCAUCAUGAAGCCGGCGGUUUGGCUGUCUUGGACCGUUGCCCUGAGCUGCUGCGCGCACACAGGGCUGGCAGCUUAUUUCUUUCAACAGCCCAUGGAUCAAGUGAUUGUGUCUGGUCAGUCAGUGACAUUAGCGUGUGUGAUCAUGGGCUACCGUGGCAUGGUUCAGUGGACCAAAGAUGGACUGGCCUUAGGGGGAGAGAGAGACUUACCCGGCUGGUCCCGCUAUUCUAUUGUAGGAGACGCCUCUGCCGGUCAACACAACCUACGCAUUGACUAUGCUGAACUAGACGAUGAUGCUGUCUAUGAGUGUCAAGCCACACAAGCAGCAUUGCGCUCCCAGCGAGCCAAACUUACUGUACUUAUCCCCCCCAAUGACCCUGAGAUUCACAGUGGCCCCAUUGUCCAUGUCAUCUCCAACAUCCCCUAUAACCUUUCAUGCCGUGCAGCUGGAGCUAAGCCAGCAGCUGAAAUCACCUGGUAUCGUGAUGGGCAAAGGCAAGAGUCAGCUGUUUACUCCAAGUCCCUGAUGGAUGAUGGCAAGCGGGAAGUGGCUGUCAGCACCCUCCUCUUAAUGCCAAGCAGCCGAGAUAUGGGCAGCACCUUCACCUGCCGCGUCAGCAACCCUGCAGCCCCUGCUGGCAAGCAGACCUCAGUCACCAUUAAUGUUCAGUAUCCACCAGUUGUGAUCCUGGCAGUACAACCACAAACUGUGCCUGAGGGUGGCAAAGUGAGUUUCCUCUGCACCGCAACCUCCAAUCCUGAAGUGACAGGUUAUCGGUGGGCUAAAGGCGGCGUCCCCAUCCCAGAGGCCAAUGGUGACAGCUACGAAGCCACAGUUGACCAGUCUUUCUUCACAGAGCCUGUGUCGUGUGAGGUGUCCAACGCUGUGGGCAGCACCAAUGUUAGCACUCUGGUGGACGUCCAUUUUGGACCUCACCUUGUCUCCCAGCCCAAGCCCCUAACAGUGGACAUCGGCUCAGAUGCCUCUUUUACCUGCACCUGGACAGGGAACCCACCUCUUACCUUGGCUUGGACAAAGAAAGGAUCCACUGUGGUGCUGAGUAAUGGCAACACAUUGCAUCUCAAGGCAGUGACACAAGAGGACGCCGGCAUGUAUGUGUGCAAAGCCAUCGUGCCUCGCAUUGGAGUGGCUGAGAAAGAGGUGACCCUGGCUGUAAAUGGUCCGCCCAUUAUUAGUGCUGAACCAAGCCAGCAGACAGCAGUGGGGGCCAAAGCCCGGCUGGAAUGCAAGGUGGAAAGCGUGCCCCGCCCGGAUAGAAUCGCCUGGGCAUGGGGCGAACGGAUGCUGGAUGCUGGCUCACUGGAUCGUUUCACAGUGGACACCGUAGUGACCGAGCAAGGGGUGCUCUCAGCCCUGCUGAUCGACCCAACCCACGAUGAUGACUUCGCCCUUCCCUACAACUGCACGGCUUGGAACCGCUUUGGCGCCCGCUCCGUUGCAGUCAGCUUACGCCGCCAAGAGGUCCUGUCUGUCCUGAUGUUGGGUGCUUUGGCUGCCUCGGGCGUUGUGGCUCUCUUGCUCUUAGUGGUCUUUGUGUCUCUCUGCUAUCGCCGCAAGCGCUGCGGAAAAGCCAAGCGGGGAACGCAGCUGUCUAAGGCCGAUAUCCUCGUGCAGAUCACCACAAGCGAGAGCAGCCCCAGCAGGCCCAGUGAGGUUGAAGAUGACGCCAAGGAACCGAUGGCUACAAGCAGCGAGUCUCCAGCCACGUCCCACACUGAACACAGUGAAAUCCUGGAGGAUGACGAAGGGAGUCAGGAGCUGAAGGACCCCACCAAUGGCUACUACAAGGUGCGUGCCCAUGAGGAGCCCUGCUUGGGAAGCAGCUUUUCAGAAUACACGCCAGCCCCCCGACCUUUGUUUGGGCCAACUUCCUUGUACCCCUCCACGGGGCCGGUGCAACCCAAACUCUUUGACUACACCCACCGCUACACCUUAGGCACUCCCAGUUCCCGUUCUGCAUAUGACACCACCCACGAGCGGCUUUUCCCUCCAGAGAACAUAUACAGUGGGGCGACUUACCUCACGGCUCCCUAUAGCCGGGCUUUCACUAGCUACGUCAAGCCGAGCAGCUAUGAGAAGGCCGAGAGCGGCUACGAGCAGUCCGAUCAAGCCAGCAAAGCUUCGGGCUGCUCCCGUUUCUCCUACACUUCCUUGUCUCAGCAGUCUGACUAUGGGCGCCCUGCUCAACAGCGUAUGCAGACCCACGUAUGACAGAGUUGCACCCCUUCCGGACUCCUUCCAUCUUCAGUGAGAAAGAAACGGAAGUGGACACUCGCUUUGGGGAACUGAUUUCAGAAGCGACAGUCUUGAGGACCUCAAUCUCUUCCUGAGGACCCCAUCAGUCUCACCCUCUGGGGACCCCAACAUGGGAGCUGGCCUAGGGGGCCACUCCGGCAACCAAGAUGGCCGGCAUUUUGCUUGCCUUCUUCCGCGUGGAAUCUAGAACUGUGAAGCAAUUGAUAAGAUAGACUUUCUUUGUGUCAGGACACGAAAGCGGACCCAGAAUGCAAGGUGUUCCCCUUUUGGUCUGGACCUGACUUAUAGGGUGACUCAGUCUGUAAGAAUCCAGAUUUCACAUGAUGGCCAAGCUUUCAUGGGAGAUCAGCCAUAAGUGUAGCUUACAAAUCCAGUGGUGAUCAAGCUGCUUCAGCAGUGGGACUGACUGAUGCGCCGCCUUGCCUCCCACCCCUUCCUGCAGUCGCAUGAUUCUGGGAAAUCUUUACGCAUGGGCACUAGUGCUUGUAUUUUCAUUUUCCUGGCUAGAUGCUGUGGUUUACAUCCAUGUUUCUGAACCUCAGCGACUUUAAGGGGGGCAUGGACUUCAAUUCCCAGAAUUCUCCCACUAACAUGCUGGUUGGGGGAACUCUGGGAGUUGAAGUCCAUAGGCCUUAAAAGUGUCUGAGGUUAAGAAACACCGGUUUAAAUAACUCCUAUCUUCCCUCUCUUUAGCAAGCAGAGGGUGGGCACCCUGGAUGGACAUAAAGGCAAUUAAAUUCCUCCCCCUUUAUUAGGCAAUGGCAAUGCCAUGUUUUAGGGAAAAAAGGUGUGCUGCUUCCAAGCGCUUGCUGCACCUGAGACUCGCCAGCAGGUGGCAGUGGUGUUUAAUCAGAAUGCCAAGAGAAAACCUGAAAAGAACUGACAAUAACUUGAACAGAAAGGGACUGAUGGAAUAAAAUCUAAUUUAAGUGGGGGAAAGAAAAGCAGAGCAUGGAAGAGUGCAAGAAGUCAAAAACAGGCAAGAUCUGUUGAUCUUGUUUGUGCAUCUAUGGGGGAUGGAGAAGGCUGUUGGUUUUCUUUAGAGUUAAGUUAUUCUUCCUGUUCCCUGUUUCCUUUUUUUUCUUUUUGCCUUAAGUGUAUUUGUAUGCUCCUGUAGGACAUUUACAAGGGGAGGACAUUGUUGCUUUCUUGUCUUCGGAACCAAUGGAGUUGGUUUACUUUUUUUGUUCCGUUGUUUGCAUUUUUCAAACAAGAUCUCUCAGAGGCCGUUUUCAGCCGUGCCUGCUUGAUUGAGCCCAUGGUGCUUCAAAGAGGGAGACAUGUACGGACACUUGAAAUAUUUAUUUUUAAUUUUAAAAAACGUGAGACGAGUGAGGCUGGAUUAUUUCUCUUUGUUCAUUCAGCAGCAGCAAAGGAAAUGACAAAUACUUAAAAAGGGUAAUUUUAGAAAACUGUAAACUGCCUUUCACGAUGACAAAUGGUCUGUUCUAGUGCUGUUUGUCCUCCACCUCCUUGGUGCGAUGUUUUACACAGGUAUCACACAAUGCUCUCCCGUUAUAGCCUAGAUGGCAAUAGAAAACUAACAGGUACCCUAUGCUAUUAGAAGAGAAAGAAAAAAUGAAAACCUUCAUAUUUGGAUUCUGCACCAAGAACUGAAUUUUUAAAUAGGUUUAAAUUAUAUGAAUUGUGGAGACAGUUUUACAUUUUCUCCCCAGCCAUUUCUGAUGUAAAGGACAAAGCAUUUAAAAUUACUGGUAGCUUAUGCUCUCACAUUUAUUAUCCAUUUCAGGUAGUCCUCGACUUACGAUCAUAAUUGGUACCGGAAUUUGGGUCGCUAAGUGAUGUGGUUGUUAAGCACCCAAUUUUACAAUCAUUUGAGUCAUAUGAGUCACUUUGUUAAGUGGAUCACACAGUCAUUAAGCAAAUCCAGUUUUCCCAAUUGACUUUGAACCAGAAUUUUAGUUGCUAAUGAUGCAAUCAUAAAAGUGAGUCUGGAUCCAAAUUUACAACCAUUUUUACUAUGGCUGUUAAGCAGAUCACAAAGUCAUUAAGUGAAUCACACAGUCAUUAAGCAAAUCCAGUUUCCCCAACUGAGUUUGCUUGUCAGAAGCCAGCUGGGAAGUUUACAAAUCGCAAUCUCGUGAUCACAGAGGUGGCAACCAUCAUAAAUGUAAACCGGUUGCCUAAUGCCUGGAUUAUGAUCGUGAGCAACAGUUGUAAGUUCAAAUGGGUUAUAAGUUACUUUUUCUGAGACCAUCGUAAUUUAGAAUUGCCUUAAAACAAACAGCUGUAAAUCAAGGACUACCUGUACGUUUCAGAAUCAUCUUUGCAAUGCAUGAGGACUAGCAUCUUAACUUUUAAAAUGAAAGGCAGAUCUUUGGAUACUACUAUACAUACAUUGCUCUAUUUUUGCAUUCUCAAACCCCAGCCCAGCCCAGAAAUAUUAACAUUAUACCCAUGGUCUUACACAAGAGGGCAGUCUUAUACAGCUUGAAUUUCUAGAACAAAAAACAUUACUUCUAAUGUGUAAAUUUUCUUUUCAUAAGCAAAAAAAAGAAUAUUUUUGACCUUCCCUCCCUUUGGGCAUAACUAGGCUCUCUUGCUGAUUGGCAGGAAUUUCCUUUGGCCAGAGAUUGGUGCUCACGGGGUCACAGGUUUUGCGUUUGCUUAAAAUUGCAGAGUAGCGACAACAUCCGCACCUUAAGAUCUCAGUGGCAGGUUGUGAUGGAUCCAAGUCCUGAUGAACUGCAAUGUGAUGCAUUUUGCAUACAGUAUAUUGCUCAGCUUGAUGUGUGACCUCCGCAGUUCCUCAAUUACCUUUAUGGCUCCUAGAUGGGAAACUGCAGGGCUCUGCGGCUUGUUCAGCAAAGCAAAGGUUGAGCACAUGAUUUGUUAGGAAGUAUAUCUAGCAACAGAGGGCAGAGGAAUCCGUGGUCUUCACUUAGAAUGUCUUCCAACCAAUCCUGAUUCUGAAAUUGUUUAAUUUCAGAGAAACUGCUGCCACGUCUGUACUUGCCACUUACAAAGGCUGUAUUUUCCCCAAAUAGCUUCUCAAGGUGGGAACCUGACGGAAAGUUGGAAAUCUGUCCUGCUCCUGCUGCUUUUCUGCCUGUCCUUGGUCAUGCUCUUUCUCUUUUUACAUAGGGAAAUACCUCUGAAACAAUGGCCCAUUUGGGGCACGGGUGAUCUGAUCUCUUUAAAAGUUAUAUCAUUCUCGAGUUUCAUCUUUUUUGGAGAAAGGUGGACCUUUGUAAUGUUUUUAGAUGUUUUAGGACUCAGUUCCAACAUUCCAAGCCAACAUGGCCUAAGAAUCCUGGGAGGUGAAGUCCUAACGCAUCUGAGAGCACCCUUAAUAUACGAGGCAGACAAUGGUUUUUCUAUUAUAUAUAGCAGGAAAGCGAAAUAAAUUAUGUCGUUCAGCAAUA